GGAGUGAAGACACGGACUAAAGAAGGACUUCUGGUUUGGUGCAAUUACAUUGGCGUCAUCUGUGGGAAUCAAACUAAAAGCUCUUUUGUUGCUUUCUCAUCAUGGUCAACACUCGAUCUGUCCGAGUUGGAAAUCAAGCUCAACCUCUUGGACAAGGUCAAGGUCAAUACCCCAAUAACCUUCCACCUCAAAUCCCAAAUGCAUUCCCUCCCGUUGAACAUGCAGAAGGAGGAGAUGAAAAUCAACCUCACAACUCAGCUCAUAAUUCAGCCCCUACCCCUAACCAAGGAGAUCUAGUCACAGCUCAGCUUGCUGCCAUGCAAUAGCAGUUCGGUAUCUUUCAGUUGGUUUUGGCUCAGCUCUUAACUCGGAAUAAUCCUGGUGAUCCCCU